AGAAAGGGAACUUUUCAGAGACAUUUUCAAGUCCUUCAACACCGAUUCGCCCGCCGUGGACCUCAAAUCUCGCAUUUACGAUAACAUAAUAAACCUUCAGACCGUUAAAAAGUCAAGUUACUCCAAACACCUGGACCAUUUGACCCGAGUAAGGGAAGCCAUUUCUCCUACAAUAGCACAUAUAGAAGCUAUCGACACCAAAAAAUCGUUGGUAUCGUCGUUGAAUGAUAUUUUGGAACAGACCUCAAGUCUUUUGAAGUCGCCAGACUCGGAACAGCCACCCGAUCAGGUGUUUUUACCCAAUGUGGAGUCCGAUGCCAUGGACAAUAUUAUCACCGAAAUCCACGAAUCCUCAUUAAAAAAACCCCAGAUGCCCGUGUUGAACAUCUUGACACUUCCCAUUAUCUUCAACCAAUUCCUUAAAACCAACAACCACAAAUUUAAAGACGGGCAAUUAUCCAUCACCCUCUUUAAUAUCUUGAAAAACGACUUGAAUCUCUACUUAGUUAUCUGCAACCAAGACACCUACAACGAGAUUCUCAAGACCAUCUGGAUAUUCCAGGGAAAGUUGAGUUUGUACCAGGUAGAAGCACUCGUCACCGAGAUGUUGAACAACGGGUUUCAGGGCAACUUGGUAACUUUCAACAUCCUCAAGCAGAUCAUCGUUGACUACUACGGAUUGAAGAUGAAUAACUACAAGCCCAUCCGCAACAGUUUGCCAGUAUGGAAUAAGGACGAUGACCAGCGAGUGCAGAGGCUCGAGCUGGCGUUGCGGACCAUGGCAUUGCGCAUCCGGCGAGAAUACCGAACAUAAGUAUGUAAAUAGCACAAAUGUAUUCGCAGCCAGCA